UCUUCUAAGUAAAACCAGCUCUGGUAAAACCGGAGUUAACCAAAAGAAGGGGUGUGCCUGGAAGACAGUUUUGCAGUUUCAAAAUAGGAUUGUUGUCGGACUCAUCGCCACUCGCCACUCACACUCUACUAUCUAGGCGCAUUGGAGAAUGCCGCGAUUUUCAAUUUCAGUUCAGUAGGCCUAAAUCUAGAUCUGUAUUAGAUUCUAGUCUUUAUCUUUAGACAGUCCGCAGCAGAGGUCUGUGAACUCUGGGUGGUUGCGAAAAGUGCACAAAAUUUUAGCACGCUUUUUGAAUCAUAAAGACGCUCAUUUGUUGCUCCUGACUCUGACGUCAAAACUAGAGAACACACACCAGGAGGGCCUUUUAUCGUUGCUGGUUACAUCAUUAGAUCAUGAAUCUAGAUAAAGGGAAAAAUAAACUAGCACCAAAACUUACCAGACAGUCUUCAUCACAAGUUCCACCGGUAAGCGAAGAGAAGACAGGCAAACGUUUAAGAUCACGUGCACAGCAAGUUGAAAACAAUGACAGUGGUCAUGCAUUGCGAAAGUUGUCAUUUUCCAACCCUGGAAAGUUCAUGGAGGAUUUCAACCCCGAGCAGAGUACCCGUGAGCUGAGAAAGUUGAAAAGAAAACUUGGCAGUAACAAGGUUCACAAAAAUCGGAUGUACAAUGCAGAUGGGUUGCUGAUUGACAAUGGUGCAGACUGGUGUGAUUGCUUGGAAGUUGACUGUCCUGGUUGCCACUUUCCAUGCCCAAAAUGCAACUCUUGCAAAUGUGGAGCUGAAUGCAGGUUGAAUCGAAAGUGGUGUUAUGAUGUGGUGGAAAUAGAUGGGUCGCUUACAGUUUAUAAGUGGUCUUUUCAACCAAAUCCUCAAAACUGAGACUGGGAAACUGUGUUCAGUGUUUUUUCAAAACACCCAUUGUUCUGUGUAAAUUUGCCCUGAGUUAGGAUUUGGAUUUUCUUGCGCGCUAAUGAGCGCCAUCUUCCCCUAUUUUGUGGGUUUUAAAAAAUCAAAUCACAAUUCUUCUUUUGUUGUUUUGAAUCCUAGUCAUUGCAUCAUGUAAAAUACCCCCUGGCGAUGCCACUGACGAAGUGUCUUUAGGCCAUUCCUAAAGGGGGGGCAUUUCUCGUUCUAAUGCACAGUAGAAUUGUAAAUGGGCUG